AUGGCAGACACUGAGAGUCCAACAUCCCAUUUUGACACAGCACAAUGCAGAAUAUUGGAAGAGGCCUCCCGGAUGGACUUUGAAGAGCCUUUGAAUGAUGUCACAGGCCAGUCAUCAACUUCGACAACUCAGUUGCACAAGAGAGGGACCUCCCGGAUGGACUUGGAUGAUGUCUCGAGCCAGACAAGGACAGCUCUGCCUGACAAGAGGGAAAAGCGAGCCGCCGAUUCGGUACUACCUGACAAGCAUCACAUCAAAGAAGUCGACUACUCAGAGACACUACGCCAAACUGUGUACAGUCAGGGGGAACUGAUCCACAAUAUGCAAACACAAGUGGAAAAACAAAAGGCAGAACAUGAGCAAAACAUGAACAAGAUGAAACUUCAAUGGGAAACAACCCUGAGAGAGCAGCAAGAGAAACUAGCAGCAGCCCAGGAGGAAAUUGAGAGAACACGUGUCCAGCAGCAGUCACUUGAAGACCAUAUCAGAGAAACUCGAGAGGAACUCGGCCAGGCUAAUUGGGAGGCAAUAGCCGCUGUUGUGGACAAAAUCCAGCAGGACGCUCAUGAUCACUUGGCACAAGCUCGGAUGCAGCAAGAAGCAGAGCUGCAUGAAGACCUGGCCCGAUUCACCAAGCAGAAAAAGAGAGCAAGUUGGCCAAGAUGGAACGGAGAUUUUCCAGGCGUCACGAGCCUCAGAAUGAGGAUCUAUAAAUCAAUUGAGAAAUGGGAAAUGAGAAUGGGAGAAUGGGGGAGAUGGGAGAACAGAGAAAAUGAGGAAAAUUGCAGAACAAGAGAACAGGAUAAACAGAAAAUGGAAGAAUGGGAAACAUGGGAGAACAGGAGAAUGGGGAAAUGGGAGAACAGGAAAGGGGACAAAAGGACGGUAGGACGACAAGAGGACGGGAGGACGACAAGAGGACGGGAGGACGACAAGAGGACGGGAGGACGACAAGAGGACGGGAGGACGACAAGAGGACGGGAGGACGACAAGAGGACGGGAGGACGACAAGAGGACGGGAGGACGACAAGAGGACGGGAGGACGACAAGAGGACGGGAGGACGACAAGAGGACGGGAGGACGACAAGAGGACGGGAGGACGACAGGGAGAGAACAGGGAAACAGGAGAAUGAGAAAACCAGAGAACAACAGGAGGACAGGAGGGUUCAAUAUGUGUAA